AUGACACCCACACCACCCUCUACCGCCUCAUCGAGUGGCUACUCCCCUGAGUUCAGAAUCAUCCGGAAGCGAAACCGAGUUCCUCUAUCAUGCGCACCUUGUCGUCAUCGGAAACUGAAAUGCAAUCGCUCUAAUCCUUGCGAAAACUGCGUCAAACGGGGUGACGCAUCCUCUUGUUCCUACUCCCAAGCCAGUACCCGAAAGAAGAACAAUCAUCAACAGAACUCUCUCGCCACACCAGAUGAUAUGCAAAACCGGAUCGAUCGCUUGGAAGGCCUGGUUCUGUCUUUGAUGACCAACGACUCUCAGUCUGGAGGCCCGGCCGCUAUUCGAGCAGCCAUCUCAGGACAAAGUAGUUCAGCCUCGACUGGGCCUUCCAACCAAAUUGAUCCAGAUAUUGAUGAAGAUGGUGCAGUAAUGGGCGACGAGAGCGAGACGGAGCAGGUGACAAAGUCGUUUGGAGUGAUGAAGGUGGACAACAACAAAUCCUACUAUAUCAGUGAAGCUCAUUGGGCCUCUGUAUUGAAAGACAUCACCGAAGUGCGAAACUUCUUUUCCUCUCAUCAACGACAAUUGGAGGAGCAGGCAGCAAAGGUUCAGGCGGCAAGUCCACAGACUGAUAUUCCUGGACACUGGGAUGACCCUUCACAAACACAAAUCGUAUGGAUUGCCAUGCUUUUUGCCAUUAUGAGACUUGCCAUGUUAUCAUACCACAGAGAAGGCGAUGAACCCCCAGAGUUCAAGGGCAAAGCUAUGGAUAUGGCUGGUUCCUUUCGUCACUCAGUUGCGCAGUGCUUGACUAUGGCAGAUUAUUCCAAACCACACGCGUGGCUGAUUGAAUCGCUGAUAUUCCACUUACACGGUGACUUCUCACAAACCAGAGAGGCUGAUGUCUCGGUAUGGGUUUUGACCGGCGUGAUUGCCCGUCUAGCAAUGCGCAUGGGAUACCAUCGUGAUUCCAAGCCGUUCCCCAACAUCACUCCCUUUCAGGGCGAGAUGCGCCGACGAGUAUGGUCGUUUGUAUCCCAGGCAGACCUAUUGUUUUCGUUUCAGGUUGGUAUGCCGUCUAUGAUUCGGAAUUCUGACAGCGAUACCGAGCUCCCGCGGAACCUCUACGACGACGACUUUGAUGAGCACUGUAAAGCACUACCGCCACCGCGCCAGCUGAGUGAGCCCACCCCGAUUUCUUAUUUGAUCACCAAGACGCGCCUGGCGGCCAUUUUCGGCCGUGUCAACGAACAGGCUUCCGCCAUCCUAAGUACUUCCUACGACAAGAUCAUGGAGAUAGAUGCUGAGCUCCGCCGCGCUCGGGACUUGAUUCCAGAUCACUUGCAAAUUCGGCCGAUGGAAGACUGCCAGCAGGAUCCAGUGAAUCUCAUCAUGUCUCGAUUCUCCGUAAACACCCUGUACUACAAGGCGCAGAUUGUUCUCCACAGACCAUUCCUGGUCCGUGCAAGAGAGAAUUCUCGCUUUACCUACUCGCGGCGGAUAUGUAUUGACUGUGCUCUUGAAAUGCUUCGAGUUCAGCAAAUCCUGUGUACAGAAAUGCAGAAUGGACGUCUUCAAGGCCGCAACUUGAUAAGCUCUUUGAGCUCAAACGAUUUCCUGCUCGCUGCCACAAUUGUAUGCUUGGACUUACACCAAGGAUACCAAUUGCAGGCCGCCGGAAAAAUGUCUGGAGACACUUACACCUGGGGCUGUGAGCGGCAUGACGAGAUGAGGCUCGCCAUCCUAGCCUCGAAAGAGGUCUGGGACGCACGUCGAGAUUACAGUAUGGAGGCGUACAAGGCCAGUAGUGUGCUCGGUGUGAUGCUGAGCAAGUUGCAGCAGAGCACUGCGCCAGAGAUUGAGAACAGUGUUGGGGCCGCCAUCUUUGAGCCACAGGAUGAGAAACAAAAUGCGGCCAUGACUCUUGGCUUGCUGAGCAGUGGAAUGAGCCCAAUGAAUACAGGCCCAGCUCCAUAUACAGACAAUAUGUUUAAAAUGGCGGAUUCAAAUAUGCCGGGCGUGGUCACAACUGAAAUGCCAGGUGCACCAAUGUCGCCUUUCAGCAGCAUGUUCAGCCAGAUGCCAGAAAUGCAGGCCAACGUUGACUGGGAAGCAUGGGACACUUACAUUCAAAACCCUACCCUUGACACCUCCAAUCAGUUUUGGCCAAUGGUAGACCCCUCAAUCCAGCCCACCGAUCCAACUGGAUUCACACAAGCCGCUAUGGCUAGUCCACUAGGUGCAUCAAGGAUGCCAUCGAUGUUGACGAAUGGACUUCUGCGCGUCCCAAACAUGUUUACGCCAUCCACGAACAAUCCAGACAGUGGUGGUUCAUCAGUACCCGGAUUUACUCCGAUGUCCCAGCCAGAUAGCACUGGCCGAAGUCAUGGAUCCAUGUAG